AUGGAGCUCAGGGCUGUGGUGGCCACGUUGGAAAGCGGGGAGCAAGACACAGUCCUCAAGGUGCUUCAGAUCUACAACCAGGAGAAGGCUCAGUGCUUCACCUUUGAUGAUGAGGAGCGGGAAGAGAGGAAGAAAAUGGCCCAGCUGCUGAUCAAGUUCCUGGAGAGAGAGCUGCAGCCCUCCUGCCAGGUCACCUGCUUGGAGAGCAUCCGCAUCCUGUCCCGGGACAAGCACUGCCUCGACCCCUUCACCACCAAGGAGGGGCUGAAGACCCUCUCCAGGCACGCAGGCAUCGAGUGCUCGGAGGAGCUGGUCCGGGCAGUGCCGGAUGCGGAGGUGGUGCUGGAGUCGCUGAAGUGCCUGUGCAAUGUGGUGUUCAGCAGCGGCGCGGCACAGGCGCUGGCGGCCGAGGCGCGGCUGGUGGAGGGGCUGGCCCAGCGCGUCCGGCUGCACAACGAGAGAAGCCUCCCGCACCAGGUGCGGUUCUUCGACCUGCGCCUGCUCUUCCUGCUGACCGCGCUGCGGCUCGACGUGCGCCAGCAGCUGGCCCGGGAGCUGCGCGGCGUGGGGCUGAUGACAGACGCCCUGGAGCUGACCCUGGGCGUCAAGUGGAUGGAUCCCUACCAGGUGGCCGGCGGGGAGGGGCCGCCGCCGCCGCUGCCUCGGCAGGAGACGGAGCGAGCCAUGGAGAUCCUGAAAGUGCUCUUCAAUAUCACCUUCGACUCCAGCAAGAGGGAGGUGGAUGAGGAAGAUGCUGCUUCGUACAGGCACUUGGGUGCCCUCCUGCGCCACUGCCUCAUGAUCUCUGCUGACGGAGAGGACCGGACAGAGGAGUUCCACAGUCACACUGUGAACCUUCUGGGCAACCUGCCCCUGAAGUGUCUGGAUGUCCUCCUGACCCCCAAAGUCUGCCCAGGCUCCUUGGAGUACAUGGGGGUCAACAUGGACGCAGUCAGCAUCCUGCUGGACUUCCUGGAGCGACGCCUGGACAGGGGCCACAAGCUGAAGGAGAGCUUGACCCCCGUGCUGAACCUGCUGACAGAGAGCGCCCGAGUCCACCGCCAGACCAGGAAGUUCCUGAAGGCAAAGGUGCUGCCGCCGCUGCGGGACGUGCGGAACCGGCCGGAGGUGGGGAGCUCGCUGCGGAACAAGCUGGUGCGGCUGAUGACUCACAUCGACACCGACGUCAAGCACUGCGCUGCAGAGUUCCUCUUCGUGCUCUGCAAGGAGAGUGUGUCACGCUUUGUCAAGUACACAGGCUAUGGGAACGCUGCCGGGCUGCUGGCUGCACGCGGCCUCAUGGCCGGUGGGAGGGAGGAGGGAGAAUACUCAGAGGAUGAAGACACUGACACCGAGGAGUACAAGGAGGCAAAGCCCAACAUUAACCCUGUGACAGGCCGUGUGGAGGAGAAGCUUCCCAACCCCAUGGAGGGGAUGACUGAGGAGCAGAAGGAGUACGAAGCCAUGAAGCUGGUCAACAUGUUUGACAAACUCUCCAGGGAGCAGGUGAUCCAGCCCAUGGGCAUCACACCGAGCGGCAGCCUGGCACCCAUGGAGAACACCAUCCGCAGCAUGGCCGACGAGAGGGACUCCUCCGACUCGGACAUGGGGCUGGACUGA